CGUCGCGCUCUGUGGGUUUGGCGAGGUGAUCUCAAUCUUUCGGGUAUCCGUGCAGCUUCUUUGAUAUUCUUUAUUUUCCUAAAAUCACGGAUAAAAAGUCGAAUAUUAAGAACAUUUUUAAAAGAAAUCUAUAGAAUAGCGGUUAAAGUAGCGGGUUUGAUUAUUUUCAUUAACAGCUACAAAGCAUCUAAAUUGUAACAUCAACAAAUCAAUAUUCUUAUUCAUGCCUAGUGUUUACUAACAACUAGGCGUCCAACACAUUAGCAUUAACUUAACAUAACAUAAGUAUGUAGUUGUAACAAUUUACUAAAUUAAAAAAAAUAUAGUAACAGUCAGUCGUAAGAAUAACCAAAAUAGACCUUAACCGGGAGUAAAUAAAGACGCUAUUUAUAUACGUGUCACAAGUGAUUUACGUGCUUUAUUAACUAGGUAAGCACCUGUAGAUACACGCAUAAAAUAACGUGUUUAUAGCUAUUGCAACAUUAACACGGCUAUGAUACAUUGAUGACGAAUUGAGAGAAAUAUUACUUCACUAUACCCAUAACACACAUUACAGAAUAUACGGAUUUCCAAUUCAAAGAUGCUUAAUAACAUCAAAACGAUAUUACGAGCCAGUAUUUCAUAAGCUAGUAUUAAUUAUGACGUACAAAAUUACAAAUAAGUGUCUGUGCUAAUAUAUUAUUCAUAUACUUAGUUUUGGAAUGAACGAAAACUUUUUUUUAAGUAAGACUAAUUCUGAAACAAUUUCCGUUCUAAAAAAUGUCAGCGGGCAAUUAAUUCAAUAGUACAGUGGCAUGGCUAGUGAAUCUUAUGUUGUCAAAAGUAAACGAUCUUUUAGCAUUUUAUCUAAAAACUCCGAAAACGAGACGCAAUUCAAAUGGAAAACAUUAAGCUUGUUUACGUUAUAGUACCUGGCUUUACAAAAUAAAAUUACACAUAUAAAUAGCACUUAGAAUCUUUUGUCAGAUAUUGAUAAUCUAGAUGCAAAUUAUUACAGACUAACUUAAGACGUGUAGGUGUCAGUGAUUCGUGCUAGAAAUAAACAAUAUCUUCAGAUUCCACAGCAUAGUACCUAGGUAUAAGGUAGAUAUGUACAACGUAAUAUUGAUAUGACAAUGUAAGUACAAUAGAUGUGCGUAAUUAAAACUUUUUCCUACAAAUCUCAGUAUUGUAACAUAACACUACCGCAACUUUUUGCCACAGGUGUUACGUUCGUUUAAUUCUUAGCUCAAGUCAGGGACAUCUUCAUGGAGAUGGAGCCUCAACACGGCACGAAACGCCAUUAACGAUCUAUUCAAAAUACAACAAUCAAAUAUCAACCUUAACACGUAACAUUAGCGCUGAUAAUCGCAAGCUCUAUCUCGAAUGAAUAAUUACGCGAAAUACGCCCGUUUACGCAACCCCGCUUGGUAGCUCAAAUGAGUGUUCUGUUGCAUUCGCCUUUCGUAAACGAAGAUAUCGUGUAAAAAUUGUGAAACUAAGCGAGGCCGGCUCGACCUGGAAUAAUAACUGGCCUUUGUAACGCGGAUUAAUUUCAUGUGGAUUUAUUUAAUUCAUUAAUACACAAUCACUAUUUGUGUAAACAACGACUUUGAAAAGUAGCGCUGUCUGCCAGUUCUGAUAGCGCGUAUCACUUUCUUAUUAUCUUAUUGAUAACAGUUCUCUUGUUACUCAUGUACCUACCUAUAUAUAUAUAAUUAUCUGUUUCUAAUUAAAUUAAAGGAUCUACGUGUCUCCUCAAGACUGAAUGUUAUAUGUUAUCCUUUAGAUAUCUUAAAAUAAACCGCCUCGUUAAUUUUGCCGUGUCACUGUCGUCUUUGUAUUCCAUAAAUCAUGUAGGUAUGUUAUUUGUGUGGUGAGUUUAUUAUGGUAUUCAACCAUAAUAAACUCACCACCGACAAAUGCAACCGUAGGUAAAUACUGUAAUUCGGUGACAAAUAAUCCUAUUUUUUAGCGCCUGGUAGUAAUCAUUAUUACGGAAUGGGUUACAGCGAAACUUCGUUUUACUUACCAGGAUACGUUGUUGAAUAGAAUAUUCAACUGUCAUAAAGGAACAAAACAUCGCAAAAAAAUCUUAUCUACUUAUUUUGGAAAAGUAAAAUCUUUUGAACCAUGCAUCCACCUUUAAAAUGUACAAUUUUCUAUUUCUGCUGCAUGCGAACGCCCUGAUUAAGAACGCGGAUUUAUUUUUUUCAUUUGCGUGUUUGUAAUUACCUAAUAGUUCUGCGUUAUAAUGUAUUUAAUGUUAUUAAGCCGAAGACUUGAACUGCUUUUAAAAAAUGAUCAUUACUAUCUAAGUACUUAAUCAAUGUUAUUAACUUUACAGUACUUUUAAUAACCGCCUUUGCCUUGAAUUUCUACCGUUCAUUUAAAAAAAUACAUUGUGGUAUGAUAGGAAUAUUAUAACAUUUCUAUAAUUCCACAUACAUAUCCAUAUCGGAUCCCGGAACAUUUCUAAGCUGAAGCACAAAGAAUGCUAACGCGGAAGCUUAGCGCACAUGUAACAAUUCCGUGCCAUAGUCGUCGGCGCCGCCAUUCGAACGAUCGAUUUAGAACAUCUCACAUGCGCGUGCGUAUGAUUUACAAACUUGAACUCGCUUGCUGAACACAUGUUGGCCUUACCCAACCAAUUUAUUCCAUAAAGAGACACUCGCCGCUGGUAGAGAGGUCACUGCUCGUUAAUACACUUCCUUGUAGGUAAACGAUGCGUGAUUCAUUUAAUGUUGAUACCUUAUUACAGUGUAAUGUAAUCUAGAAAAAAAGACGUAACGAGGAGUCUUUGUUGCUCUUUUUGCUGUUAUGUUGUAACUCUAGACAAUUUAAUAAGACGAUGCUUAUAAUAUACCUAUAGCAAAGAACUAUAAGGUACUUCGCAAUACUCCAUUCAAAGUAGGGCCACAUGAGAUUCUCCAAUAUUAUCAGUAGCUAGCAACAACCAAGAGUUUCCUAAAUUCCUAUAAAUUACACAAUAACCAAAACAGAUUCAGUUAAGUGAAAGAAAAUAAUGAAAUAACAUAAAUUCAACGGUUACUUUUAGGUCUCAUAUUAAUAGAGCCGUGCCAAAUUCCAAAAUAAUAAAAAAAUAAAUUAUAUGUUCAUUUCGUUCGAAAAUCAUUUUACCCUUGCUGUCAUCCAGAAAUAUGAGAAUAUGCAGCCAUGAUUGAAAUUUGAUACUGACUUUCAGCUGAUUGUCAAAUGUCAAGCUUUCUGUUCUGUCUACUGAAACGUCAUUCUCGAUGAAAGUUGUGAAAACAAGACUUAUUUUUAAUUAAUUCGCUUAAAUAAUAAAUAGUCUAAAUCUAGAACAAAGUAUUAACUUCACUUAACCUGAAUAUUUACGUUUCCUGACAGUGUAAUCACAAAUUAAACUGCAAAUUAUAAACGUUAUAAUUGGUUUGUUCGCGUUUACGGCCGAACUGGAAUCUUAUGGAUUUAAAAAUAACUCUAGGAACACGCAGCGGUACUCGUGUUCCCGUUCCUAGUUAGUUGCAGCCACCGGUGUUAGUUAAUUGGGUCUACUCGUAUAUUUAACGAUGGCUUUAGCCGUGACUCGAGUGGUUUUAAAAUGCGAAGACGCACAGAAAACUCAAGUACUAGACCUAUCGGAAUGCCAGCUGAUGCAAGUACCUGAUGCUGUGUACCACUUGAUGCGACACACAGAACUCAAGAGCUGUGAUCUCAGCGGCAAUGUUAUUACUAAGAUACCUCCUAAGUUUGCAGUCAAGUUUAGUUUAAUUACAGAUUUAAACCUGUCCAACAACCAAAUGGCGAAGCUCCCUGAUGAGUUGUGCACACUAGCCUGCCUGGAGCGGCUGGACAUAUCACACAACUCCUUUGUGGCUCUGCCCCACAUCACCUUCCAGUGCCCCAGCCUGCACACUCUGCUUGCACAUCACAAUCAGAUCAUUGAAAUCGAUGUGGACAGAAUGGCAAGAUCUCGCGCCCUCGAGUACGUUGACCUCAGUGACAACCCCAUUCCUCCGCGCAUGCACGACGAGCUCAAGCAACUGUCGCGGCCCUCAGUGUCCGUGUCCGAGAGACAGAAAGAAGACUGGGAGGAGGACCUCAUACUAUAAGUGUACUUAAGUGGACUCAUGCAUUCAGGGCCAGCGGUUCAUAUGACAAGGGAAGCUCUAGAGCCUGCGAAUGACGUGGCUUAAGUGGCUGGAUCAGAAAUAUCUUACAUUUGAAGUGGUGCUCUAGCAUAUAACAUAGGGUUUAGUGCAAUAUAAAUGUCAAAGCAAAAAAACAACUGGUCCUAACUAAACUGUGAUCUUCUCUGUGAAAAGAGGACAAUAUCAACAUAAUUUGAUAGUGUAUGCUAUAUAUUUAGUUAUAAAUGACAAUAUUGUCGCGUUUUGAAAGAGAUUUGUUAGAGAUUAAAUGUUUACAAGUAUCGACGCGCUCAAAUUCGGCGUACUUAAUUAGCCUACAUGUGAUUUGGUUUGGAAAGUCCUAAUUAUAUGGCUUUUUAAUAAAAUUGAAACAAUCUAAAGAGUUUUGUAUAGUGUAAAGUGUUAUAUAUUUUUGAUACAUAUGAUGGUUGGAUGGUAUUAUGUUGAUAUAUCUCAUUGUAUUGAAUACUAGUCCAUCAUUAGUUAAGCUUUUAAGUUCCGAUAGGAAUGAGAUUAUGUUGUAAGUAAUUGAUAAGUACACAAGAAUUAUUGUCUUUUGCAAUAUAUACUGACUUGUACAGUUGUUAUUUUCUAUUAAUGAAAUCACUAUAAAAUUCGCUUUUAAUUAUAAUUGACACUUUUUGUAUUGUCUAUAAGUAUUGCAGAGGUUGUUGUAAAUAAGAAUACCUACGUCAUCAGUUCUGAAGAAGUUAUUUCGUUAAAGGGUAGAUUAAAUUUACCAAAAAAAGGGCGGUAAAUUGAAUUAAAAAUGAAAUGGUGAGAAUGUAGCCAGUUAUUUAGCGUUCAUUAAUCACACGCGUGUUAUUGUUAAAAACAUUGAAAUGUAAAGAAAAACUUGAUACUUUUGACGUUUACGAGCUCUUGAACUAAUGGCGUAUACUAAGGGCGUAUAGGUAAUAAAAUACGAACACCCAAGGAUUUUCAAAAUAAAUAAUUAAGUUUUGUGAAGUGUUAUGUAAAGGAACACAGUCAUGGAUUAACAAUUAAACGCAUUUACAAAAUGCAAAUUA